AUGUCCGGAGGAAAAGGAGGAAAAGCUGGCACUACCGAAAAGGCAUCCACAUCAAGAUCUGCAAGAGCUGGAUUAACUUUCCCAGUUGGUAGAGUUCACAGAUUGCUUAGAAGAGGUAAUUAUGCUCAGAGAGUUGGUUCUGGAGCUCCAGUUUACUUAACUGCCGUUCUUGAAUAUUUGACUGCUGAAAUUUUGGAGUUGGCUGGUAAUGCUGCCAGAGACAACAAGAAGUCUAGAAUUAUUCCAAGACACUUGCAAUUGGCCAUCAGAAACGAUGAGGAGUUGAACAAGUUGCUUGGUAAUGUUACUAUUGCCCAGGGUGGUGUUUUGCCAAAUAUUCAUCCAUCUUUGUUGCCAAAGAGAAGAGCAAGAGCUUCCCAGGAGUUGUAA